AUGGAGUCGUCGUCGUCUAAGAGGUUGACGAAACGAGAGCGCAACGCGCCUCCAAUAGCCUAUUUGAAUAAAUCAUCGACACUUAAGCGUGCGCCCAGCGCAGCCAGUUACUUCAACCCGAAUCUUGGCGGCACGAGUGCAUCCUCCCUCUCGCCUGGAGGCUCGACUGCAAUCCGCCGCAGCCCUUCGCUCAAGCCCACUCCGCACCACCCAUAUGUAGACUAUCCCCAGUCGCAGGUUGCCCACCUUCCUCCCGCCUCCGUCGGCAGCCCGUUUAGUCUGAAUGCAGUGCAAGAAGCUCUGAACGCAUCCUCGAGCGCCUCACCCAACAGCAGCGGUCCACGUAGGCCCGCUGGCCCGCAGCACUCGUACACCGACCAGCCCUCGAACAACCGAUAUCUACGCCAGAGCCGCUCCUUCAACAACAAGAUGGACACGACCACGACCCCGCCAACGACGCAGUCCAACAAGACGAACCGCUACAGCGACGGCAGCGGCGAUGCGGCCAAGAAGCGCCUCUCGGGCGGCGCAAAGAAGAAGGGCACCUUCUCCAACUUCAUGAGCAGCAUGCUGGGCUCGCCGCGCCGCCCGACCAUCUCGACGCCCACCAACCCCAUGCACGUCACCCACGUUAGCAUUGACAACCACACGGGCGAGUACACGGGCCUCCCCAAGGAAUGGCAGCGCAUGCUACAGCAGAAUGGCAUCUCCCAGGAAGAGCAGAAGCAGCACCCCCAAGCUGUCAUGGAUGUGGUCAACUUCUACAAGGACAACGCUGAGAAGAACGAGGACGAUGCUAUCUGGGACAAGAUGGGCCCUACGCAGCCUCAGGGAUAUGCGUACCAGGCCAACAUCCCCCAGAACGCAAACUAUGGCUCUGCGCAGCCCCCCCUCAGUCCCCCGCAGAGCCCGCGAUUCCCACGGAACGACCUCUCUAGCUUCGAAAACCCCCGUGCGCCCCCUCCAAUUCCUCGCAGUAUGACCUCGCCCGUUGUUAACCCAGCUCCAGUCAAUGUCGCAGCUAUGGUCCCCAAUCGACCGGCACCCAAGCCUCCGGUUGCUGCUGCUGGAUCUACGGCCGCCAUGCCUACCAGACCUGCCCCGGCAGCCCCGAGUCCGAUCGUCACGCAGCAUCAGCCCCCUCGCCAGGAGCAUGACGUCCCCCAGCCUGCUUACGCCCACCCAUCUCCUUCGGAAAGCCCCAAUGGCAGUUCGUCUCGUACCCGAUCGAAUACCACGGGAGGAGGAACACCGCCACGUUUCGAUUCCCCUGCCAGUUCUACUCCAAUCUCUCCCGCCCAGCAAUACCAGCAGCAACAGCAACAGGCUAUGGCCAUGGCAACCACAGUACAGCCAAAGGCUCCCCUCGGGAGGAGUGUUAGCCAAAGGGCCCCGCAACCAAACUACGCACCACCCGUCGUCCCUGCGCAAUCACAACCGACGCCUCAACAGGUUUUCGCACAGCAAUCGGAUCCCCAGAACAUUCCACUACCAUCGCAACAAGCUCGUGUUGGCCCAGCGCCCCGGCCACGUCAAAGGCCUCGGCAGAGCCAGGGACCUGAUAUUGUGGCCAAGCUCAAUGCUAUCUGCACAAAUGCCGAUCCUAGGGAGAGAUAUCGUAACCUCAGCAAGAUCGGUCAGGGCGCUUCUGGUGGUGUUUUCAUGGCCUAUGAAAAUAGUACCAACAAAUGCGUAGCCAUCAAGCAGAUGAACCUUGAGCAGCAGCCCAAGAAGGAUCUGAUCAUCAACGAAAUCCUUGUCAUGAAAGACAGCAAGCACAAGAACAUUGUCAACUUCAUGGACAGCUUUUUGCUAAGAGGCGAUCUCUGGGUAGUUAUGGAGUACAUGGAGGGUGGAAGUUUGACAGAUGUCGUUACUUUCAACAUUAUGUCGGAAGGGCAAAUAGCUGCUGUGUGCAGAGAGACAUUACACGGCUUGCAACACUUGCACUCUAAGGGCGUUAUUCACCGAGACAUCAAGUCGGACAACAUUUUGCUUUCCCAAGAGGGCAACAUCAAGCUAACCGAUUUCGGAUUCUGCGCGCAAAUCAACGAGAGCCACAACAAGCGCACAACCAUGGUAGGUACCCCAUACUGGAUGGCUCCCGAGGUUGUGACUCGCAAGGAGUACGGCCGAAAGGUUGACAUCUGGUCAUUGGGUAUCAUGUCCAUUGAGAUGAUCGAGGGAGAGCCGCCAUACCUGAACGAGAGUCCGUUGCGUGCACUCUGGCUGAUCGCUACCAACGGAACACCGACAAUCAAGGAAGAGCAUGCCUUGUCGCCUGUAUUCCGGGACUUCUUGGGCUUCUCGCUGAAGGUUGAUCCUGACAAGCGAGCUAGUGCUCACGAUCUUCUGGUGCAUCCCUUUAUCCAGACCGCUGAACCACUAGGCACAUUAGCGCCACUGGUGCAAUCGGCGAGGAAAGCAAGGGCAGAAGAGAGACGGAAGAAGGGUGGUCUGUGA